AUGGGCUACAUUGUUGAUAUGUCAACAAUGGAGAGUAUACCGAAAGCUGUUAGGCCUUUGGAGAGGGAGCUUGGGAAAGAGAGUCAGAGGCUUUGGGAGAGCGCUAUGGAUAAUCUGGUGAAGAGGGAGUUUGGGGAGGCGACGAGGGAGAAGUUUGGGAUCGAGCCAAGGCAGAGGGAUGAGGUUGCUGACAGGAAGAGGAGGAUUGAGUGUUUUUUUUUUUGUCAGGGGGUCUUCAUCCAUUUGAGCCUCGCAGAUGAAAGACUAAUGUACACUGAAUAA